CCGUGUAGCCGAGCUUUCCAUUCCAAGCCCGGGCUCGGCGCGCACGGACUUCCUUUCUCUCUACCCCUCUUCGGAAGUCAGCGGGGGUGGGGGAGCUUGGAGUUGUGGCGCCUGCGCAGACAAAACAGGGAUUUCUGCACGCUCUGUGCUUUAGGAAAGGUAGCGCGGGAGUAGCGGGAGCAGCAGCAGCGAGAGUCUUCAAAACUGCGGCCGGGAAUUUGUCGGGCGCCGUGAGAAGAAAAGGAGAGGCGGAAGCACGCGCGGGCGCGCCUGGCUUCGUGAGGAAUUUCCUGUGGGCAGUGCUAAACAUGGAUAGUGUGUUCCUGACAGAGGCAAAAGCCAAUUCUGUCUUUAAAAGAUAUCCACGGGCCAAUGGAGCUUUGGAAGAACUGAAGCAAGGAAAUCUUGAACGUGAAUGCAUUGAAGAACGCUGUAGCUAUGAAGAGGCAAGAGAAGUCUUUGAAAAUGAUGAUGCGACGAAUAAAUUCUGGCAAGAAUACACAAGUGGACUCUACGGACAAAGUAACACUGGACAUAACUGGUAUCCAUUUUACCUCACAUUUUUAUUAAUCAUUGGCCUUUUUGUUAUUCUCCUCAUUAUUUUUGUCGUAUGGAGAUGCCUGUUCAAAAAGAAAAUGCAUAGACGGUCCAUGUAUGUACAUAGCAGAACCAGAGAAGCUGCUGGUGAUAGAAUGGUUACAAAUGGGAGAAGUCCCCUUCCACAGCCACUCAGCAUUCUUCAUUCUCCACAAGAAGAAAUGUUGGAAAACGGACAUUCUCCAGGAUAUCUGAGCUACACAGAUGGACAUUCAGACUCUAUAUCAACAAGGCUGUCCAAUUGUGAUCCACCUCCUUCUUACGAGGAAGUUGCCAAUGAAAAUGGUAUGAGAAGAAAUGAAACUUCAACUCCCCUGGAUCCCCCACCUCAAUAUGAAGACAUACUGAAUAAUACUUCAGUACUUUCUGUUAUCACCAGUACCAAGUGAAGCAGGAAGAACACGGUUAGCUCUUUUUUUAAAAAAAGAAGAGAUAAAACUAAGAUUUUUUUAGAAGCACUUUACUGAAGUUCAAUUUUUAUACAUUUCAAAUAUUCUUCCUGGGUUACACCACUCUCUUCCCAUCUCUCAAAUUUGGUUUAUUCUGUGCAACUUCCCUGCCCCACCCCACAACAUUGUGUAGGUUGGGAAACAAAGCAGUUUGGCAUAUGAUUGUGCAUACUUCCAGAGACGCCAUUUCAGUCCGCUCAUGCUCCUUUAUAGUACUACUAAAGUUAUUUUAUAGCGCGCACACACACAAAGGAUUCAGGAUGGUAAAGUUACAAAAAAGAAUUUGGGUCAAAGGCUAAUUUUAGACCUUCUUGGCUGAAUAACUUGCUCAUUGUCCUUUCAAGCUGCUCCAGGAUCUUGCACUGAAAUACUUCUGAUUUUUCACAUACAGAUAUGAGCAAAUGAACUGGCAUAAACACAAUCCUUGCUUCUUUCUGCCAAAGAGAGCAAUUGACAUAAGACUGAAACAUGACAAAAAAUAAUCACUGUUGUGAGAAAUGCAAUAUAUAGUAUUGGUAAUUAACCGAAUGUUCAAGCAAUUUUUUUUUUAACCCUGCUUCUUAAGAAAGGGUACAAAAUGCAUUUUCUGACACUGAGAUUUGGAGAUAAAUGGUUGUCACACUGAAUUUUGUUCCUUACUUGAGCAGCUAGAAUUCUAUUGUUAUACUAGAACAAAGUCUGUAAGACAAUAAUUUUAACCAAAAGUGGAGGGUAGGGGGAAAUAACCAUAUGUGAAGAUAUCAGCCCUGUAUAACUUUGGAAGAUCAGCGAUGCUUUAUCAAACACUUUUCAAACUGGCUCCUCCCCACUUUCCUGAGCAAAAUAUGCCCACACCCUAACUGCCACCUUGCCCACUUAGUAGCUCAAUGUUUUACCUGUCCAAUGAUAUAUGGAAAUGUACCUUAUUGGUGUUAGGCUACAUCUCUGCAUCAGUUUGUAUUCAUUUCACGUUUUUGCAGGUUAUGAAAUGGCUUACUGUUCUUCAUUCAGUUCUGACUAGUGUAUGUGUUUUUGUUUCAACAAAGAGCUUCUGUGAACAUUGGCUGUUCUCUGGUGAUGCAUGCUGAUUUUUAAGCCGAUAAGAGCCCUGCAUUUAGGGGGGGGGGGAGCACGGGCGGGCACAGAGGUGCGUUUAGCCAGCAAUUGUUGAUUGAUACCAGAGCACGAGUUGUUGAGCAGGGGUGGGGGGAAUGAUGAGGGAUAGCAAUGCUUAUUCCUACCAUAUUAAACAGAAGUCUGCUUCAGGGGUAGCAACAGAUUAUGCCCAAAUCAAAAACAAUGUUGAGAGAAGCUGCCUGGGGACACAUGCUUCUGUUUCCCUAUUGCUAAACUUUGCUUUACAGUAGCUCCUCCCCCUGAGAUGGGGGGUGAACCAAUGAGAAAAGCAUAUAAAAGGAAGCUUUUGCAUAUUUCUUUCUUACACCAGUAGCUCUGAGCCAUUAUGGGCAUGCAAGAUAAGAUGCAUGAAGACAAGUAGAGGAAAGUCCUUCAUCCUUUCAUCUCUGAGCCAUUUUGGGCAUGCCAAAUAAAGCUUAUGAUUGAAGAGGAGUCUGGCAGUGUUUCCCACACUCCUAAUUGUUGACAUACAGUGUUUUCUGAAUUAGAAUUGGAAGCACACCCAGAAUAGUGAUUGACACAGAGGCAGCAGGUAAUUCUCAUCUCUUUCUGAAUUGCAUUGAUUAGGUCAUUCACUUACCAGUGUAGGGACAUAGCAGAAUUACUGGUUCCCAGAGGAGGCUGGCUGGCUAUAGGUAUGUCUCAUUGUCAAAGGAACACCUUUUUCUUUUUUGAUGGUUGAUGGGGUGGUGGCGGCUUAGGAACACUUGAAUAGUUUGUUUCUCAUGGGAACUAGUGUCUCUCUCAAAUUACACUAGCCUGCCCAGUACACAAGUUGGGGCUGACUGGUCUUUGUGCUUAAGUUAGACUGUGUAGACACACUUAGUUUGGAUUUAAUCUAUCACUUGAAUGAAAAGGUUCUCAGACUAAUUUGGAAGCCAAUUAUGAAUUUUUGUGGUUGAACUACUCGCAGUAUAAGUAUUUAGAAUGUUUUUUGUUUCAGCGGUAGCUUGUUUUGGUUCACAUGUUGUUUUCAGAAACAGUGAUUGGGUUCCACAGACAUGGAAGAGUGUGUAUAGUCAGGGAAUUGGGAAUACGCUCUCUGUGGAGCUUGAAGGGGUGGCAGUCAUGCUCAAUCAAGCCCUGGAAAUGUCUGUUCUAUUUGGUCAGUUGAAUAUCUUUUUUCUGUGGGGCUCAAUGAAGAUGUAGGAAUAUUAUUACACUUUUUCUAUAGAAUUUUCUUCAUGGCUUUCUUGAGGUGUCUUGGGGUAAGGAGCUGUUCUUUUACAAUAGUUAUCAUAUUGAGUUGAAGGCAUUAAUAUUGAGUACAACUUAUUUUAAGUGAAUUGAAUAAAAAAUAUUAACUUGUGUAUGAGGAAUGGCACUCCGUUUCUGUACUGUCCCUUCCCUGCCUGUGUAUCCUCUUUCUUGCCAUCUUGUCUUGUCCCAUUUGUUCAUUCUCUACAACUUUUUCUCUUUUGAUGGACUGGUGGUUCUAACGCAUAUUUGUAAUUUUAGGCAGUCAUGUGAAAUAUUUAUUAUGCAGUGCUUUCCCAGGGCAAGAACAGACCUGUGAGUAUUGUUGCUUCUUAAGAUUCAUCAGGGCAUAUUGCGACUUUUAACAGUAUUACCUAUUACUGGGUGGGGAAGAUAGAAUUUCACUUCGUUCUGCUUCAGGUACCAAAGUGUCUGAGGUCUGUUCUGCCUCUUGCUUCAGUAAAUAUGGUUAUCUGUCUCUUUCCCUACCCUCCAAAUGCCUGUGAAAUUAUUGCAAGCAACAAAACAUGCAUGGGCAGUAAUGUCAAUCUAGUAAGCUGGGUGGAAGUAGUGUACUUAAUGAUUCAUCAUUUAUUUUAGAACAGAGUAUAAUGCUUAUAUCUAGCAAGGCACAACUUCUAGUUGACUCUAAAUUUUGCACUCUGAUGGAAAAUCUCCUAAAACUUCUAGUGCCAAAGGUUUCACUUUAAUAUCUUAUUUGCUGAAGAUAAAAGCAGAAAGUAUAUGCACAGCAUAAUAUAAGCUGAUAUAUUUUAGGCCACUCUCUUUUGUUCUAAGCAACUUUGUACAUUGGAAGUCCUGAAAUGAUUGCUCUAGAUUCAGAUGUUUACUUCACUGCAAAAUAACUUGACACCCAGCCAAAGUUGGUUUAUACCUCUGCCAAAGUGCCUCAUAUUUGACCUGUAGAAACCAUUUUGGAUAGGGCAGAAAGCGAAAUCCAGUAUUCAAGCCAGCUCUACUAUUGGCCUCUCCAAUGAGCUGGCAGAGAAGACUAUGUGGUGUUCAUGUUCUUCUCCCUCAGGAAUAACAUUUCAAUGCACCCAAUAAUGGUCCUUUCUGAAAUCAAAUGCAGUUGUUGGCUGCUACCAACCAGAUAUGAAUCUGAGGCAGUGACUGAAAAUACCAUUGCUAUCCCAUUACUGUGCAUUUUAUCUGUCAAAGGAUUAGAUGAACAACUCACUUUUUAAAGUUUAGGUUUUACCAUGCAAGUGCAGCAGUUAUUCUCUACCAUCCUGGGCAUAUUGCUCAUCAAAGAACACACAGUUUGAUUUUUUUUUUAAAGUGAACCAUACACAUCUCAGUAGCUUCAGAAUAGCUCUGAUUUUUUUCUAUCUCUUGUGUAGAUAUUUUUUCCUGUGCUAUAAUGAUGCCAAUUCUAUAAAAUGUUGAGUGAACUUCCCAUUAGCUUUAUUUUUGUGCUUUGCAGUUCUGAUUUGAUUGAACAUAUUAAUCCAAAGUAUAGUGAUUUAUACAGAGCUUUUAUUUUUUCAAAAUUUAUAACUAUUCUUAAAUGGAACUGUUGUGCUGCAAUAGAUAUACAUAGAUCUGCAGCCUUGGCCCCCUCAGUGUUCUAAAAAUCUGAGCAUAUUAUGUUUCCUUGGUUGACAACUAAAUAGUAAGCAAGGUGUUAUGUUGGCUACAUGACUGUAACAAUGCCAUUUUCUUGUGAAGUUCUAAAUACUUCUAAGUUGCUAAAAACAAGAAUGUUGAAGCCAUUAUCUUGUCAAUGACUGUGUUAACUUUGCCUCAAGUGACAAUGGUUUAGUCUUCAGUAUAUACAAAUAACCUUAAUUUGAGUGCAGUAUUAAGUUUUUAAGUGUUUACAUUUUAAAUUAUUUUUUAAAACUUACAUUGUAGAAAGCUUAAGGGAUUUUGGUAUGCUAAAUAAAACUAUUUUUAAACA